AUGGUCAGAGUUAUCACGUGGGCAGAAUGCGGACUUCCUGUGGCGUCUCCGAUCUUGGACGCCUGCACCGUGACCAAGAGCGGCAUGGUGUACACCUCGGGCUCUGUCGGGUCUGAUGCGGACGGGAAGGUCCCAGAGAGCGUCGAGGAGCAGACGGAGGUUGCGAUCAAAAACUUAGAGACGGUGUUGAAGACCGCGGGCAGCUCUUUGGACUCGGUGGUCAAGGCCUUGGUGUUCGUCACGGACCCUGCGCUUGUUCCCAGGGUCAACGGUGUCUAUGCCAAGUACUUCAAGACAAAGCCUUCGAGAUCGUGUGUGAUUGCCAAGUUGGCUGCUCCGCAGUUCCUCGUUGAGAUCGAGGUUGUUGCGGAGGUCGAGUAG